GUCAAUCUAUUAGUCAUAUGGGGGCCAACCUGGAAAACAUUUCCGGGCGAAGAAGGGACGACGUUAGGACCUCCUCCGAGGCUUGUCCGAGCCUGGCAAGCCACUAACUAGGGUGAGCCUCAUGCAGCUCAGCCGUUAUCGACAAGGAUAUCAUAGCCGAUACCCCUGGUGUUAAGCCUCAAGUCAGUCACGUUUGGCGCACCACACCAAGCUCAAUUGCAUUGCGCUGGGAUAGCCAUUGCUUUCAUCUUGUUCUUGUAAACCUUAUUCGUAAGGUCAAAAAUUUCAAGCAAAGUCGACAUGGAAACACUCAGUUGAACACAAGAAGGGGAUUUUGCGGUGUGGUAGUGCGGUUUGGUGUGAACUCUCCGUCUUCUGCGGCAAUGGGGCCUCCUUCAUCUUGCCCUGAUCGCACGUUACAUCGGGCGCUAAACAGCCGGGCAUCUUGUCAGCAUCUUGUCAGGGGGGAAAGGGCGCGGCCCCACCACGAUCUAAAUACGGGGAAACGAGCACGACGAUUUAGCGCUUUCAGUUCUCUCGGGCUCUGUUGGCUUAUUCUUGGCAAGACACCAACAACAAGAGGGAGGAUCUGGCAACGCCAGCAUCAGAAACCCCGUAGUGAGCUUGCAGCAUGGACCAAUGUGAGUGACCAAAUUGGUGGUGUUUUGAAUGUGUUGGCGCGUUCGCAUUGUGCACAACUGCCUAGUGCAGAGCAAGGAAAGGACAGCUUCACCGUCCAAGUCGAGGUCCUGCGGAUCUACAUAGGAUUCCGACAUCAAAUCGACACAAAACGUGCCACACACAGUAAGCCGACCGGCCAAUACGAACCAGAGAAGGGAGAUCUGGCAGAUAGAUGCGGCGCAGGAAAGUUGUACAUUGGGAGAAUGCAACGUGGGGUUGCUUCAUGAAAAUUGCCGGUGCAGACCAAAAGCUGGGGUAGCGAAGGUGAUGCGAGCGAGUCGAAUCCAGACACAUCC